CUGGACAGAUGGAGCAGUUGUGGCAGAGACCGUGGCGCACAGAAGCGGCAGCAGCAGCAGCAGCAGCAGCAGCUGAGCGGAGAGAGAGGAGCGCGCACGAAAACGGUCUUGGAGAGACCAGAGUCAUUCCCAUCAUUCUCCGCCGGCCAGUCAGACCGCGGACACAUCACGGGGUAACUGAAUGUUGCACAACAAAGAAUGACCCCCCCCCCCCCCCAAAAAAAAAACAGAAGCGCACAAGGACUGAUAAAACACCUGAGGACCGUCGCAACAGGGGAGCGUGACUGACUGACUUCCCAUGGAGGAGAGCGCAGAGGGGGUGAGCUCCUUCUCUUUCACUUCGCACCAAGUUGGAUGUAAGCCGGAGAGAUGUGGAUUUUGGGGGGAAGUGAAUAUUUUCAUUAGCCCCUGAAAUUGAUUUUGGAUUCAGUUAUUCUUUUUCUGAACACAUCCACUGACAGGAGCGCAAUCUGGCUAUUCUUUUUUUUUUAUUAUUAUUAUUCUUUUUUUUUUUUAGAAAAUCAACAACAAACUGCGCCUCUCUUUCAAAGACGUCAACCCAGGGAUUGCACUGCCAUUGACAAUUUAGGUGGGUGGCUAUAAUAACUCUUGAAUGUUUUUGAAAGCUGAGCGCUCGUUUUGCUGUGUUCACACAAACGGACACGCAAACUAAACCCCCCCCCCCCAAAAAAAAGAAAGAAAGAGAAAAAAGAAAUGACCUCGCGUCUGGAUUACAGCAACAUGACAGCAUAAAAAAAAAAAUGCGAUUUUGACGUGCUUUUCCUACAUGUGAUGAAUUGGACAUUUGACAUACAUGCCUCUGCUAUCAAAAUGAACUGGUGAGACUUUUGAAUGCUUUGGAUUUUUUUUUUUUUUUCAACACUCAGGUGGAAAUGUCGGCUUGAGAUACACUGACGGGGAGCUGCAUUCAAAGAAAUAACAAAUUAAUUAAAUAAUAAGAAUGAAAUAAAACACCCCUAGGAGCCCGGGUGGAUCAGCGUCAGUGCAGGCACCAAUAUAAUCACACAGACACGCCUCGAGGAUCAUUAAACAAAUCAGAUAAACGCAGCGCGAAACCCAUCAAUAGAAGUUAUUGAUGAGGUGGUAUAUAAGGCUAAUGAUUGGCCAAGCCUCUGUUUACUCAACAGCUCGGCAACAAUAUGGUGUGAAACUUUCGCUGAGGGCUUGACAGCUGAGGCAUACAGUGAGGGGAGAAAACAAGGACUUUUCUGUAGCUUUCCUGCUGCUUUUAGUCUAUUUUUUGACUACAGCCCUGACUGGAGAAGAUAAUUGGAGACAACAGCUGGAAUACUCUUCCCCCCCUUUUCAUACUAGAAUGUCUGCUGCCUGUACUACUGCUGCAGGAAUCUAUCAACCAGGCAUUUUUGUGGGGCAAAUUUCCGAAAAGAUCCUUGUGAAAUAUUUAUAGCAGCUCUUCUGCAAGGAUGAUGGUUGUGACAAGGAGCCUAUGGAUGACCCAGUCUGUGGGAGAGCUGGUGCCGAGACAGUUGACCUCUCCGCCAGCCACGCCGUCAGUCUAAAACUCUUCCCCAGAGAGGCACAGCUGCUGCAGGCUGGGGAUGUGAUGGGGUGACUGUUGACACCCCCCUCACCCACCCCCUCUCUCACUUUAUUAGCGGUGUAAUAUAAACAAUGGAUCAGAAUUUCUCAACGGUUCGAGAUGGCAAGCAGCUGCUACCAGAGAGAGACUCGUCCAAGCGUGUGCUGACGGGAUGCUUCCUCUUCCUCCUCAUCUUCACCACGCUGCUGGGCAACACGCUCGUGUGUGCUGCCGUCACCAAGUUUCGACACUUGAGGUCGAAGGUCACCAACUUCUUUGUCAUCUCGCUGGCCAUCUCUGACCUGCUGGUAGCUAUCUUGGUGAUGCCGUGGAAGGCGGCGACAGAGAUCGUGGGGUUUUGGCCGUUUGGCGCGUUCUGCAACGUUUGGGUGGCGUUCGACAUCAUGUGCUCCACUGCCUCAAUCUUGAACCUGUGUGUGAUUAGUGUCGACCGUUACUGGGCCAUCUCGAGCCCAUUCCGCUAUGAACGCAAGAUGACCCCUAAGGUGGCGUGUCUGAUGAUCAGCGUGGCGUGGACCCUGUCCGUCCUCAUCUCCUUCAUCCCUGUUCAGCUUAACUGGCACAAAGCUCAGACCACCAGCUACGCAGAGCUAAAUGGAACAUACCCUGGUGAUCUUCCCCCUGACAACUGUGACUCAAGCCUUAACAGGACCUACGCCAUCUCCUCCUCCCUUAUCAGCUUCUACAUCCCUGUGGCUAUUAUGAUCGUUACCUACACCCGGAUCUACCGCAUUGCCCAGAAACAGAUCCGGAGAAUAUCUGCCCUGGAGCGGGCAGCAGAGAGUGCCAAAAACCGCCACAGCAGCAUGGGGAAUAGUUCGAACAUGGAAAGUGAGAGCUCAUUCAAAAUGUCGUUCAAACGAGAAACCAAAGUCUUAAAGACGCUCUCAGUCAUCAUGGGAGUGUUUGUGUGCUGCUGGUUGCCCUUCUUCAUCCUUAACUGCAUGGUUCCGUUCUGCGAGCCGAACUUGCCAGAUGGUGCCACGGACUUCCCAUGUAUCAGCUCCACCACCUUCGAUGUGUUCGUGUGGUUUGGCUGGGCAAACUCCUCGCUCAACCCCAUCAUCUAUGCCUUCAACGCCGACUUCCGUAAGGCCUUCUCCAUCCUCCUGGGUUGCCACCGGCUCUGCCCGGGCAGCAACGCCAUCGAGAUCGUCAGCAUUAACAACAACAUGGGCGCCCCUACCUCAAACCCCAACUGUCAGUAUCAGCCCAAGAGUCACAUCCCAAAGGAGGGCAACCAUUCAGCCAGCUACGUGAUUCCCCACAGCAUCCUGUGCCAGGAGGAGGAGUUACAGAAGAAGGACGGAUGUGGAGGGGAGAUCGAGGUGGGGAUGGUAAACAGUGCCCUGGAGAAACUCUCCCCAGCCAUCUCUGGGAAUUUAGACAGCGACACUGAGGUCACACUGGAAAAGAUCAAUCCCAUAACACAGAACGGACAGCAUAAAGCCGUGUCAUGUUGAGAGAAAAAGGCAAAGAUAGAUCGGAGUACACCGAGGCAUGUAUGUACGCACAAAAGGGGAGGAAAAAGCUUACACAGGAUGACAGCGAAAAGAAACAACAGGGACAGACGUCUCUAAGAACAUGUCGUACAGGGAAACAGUGAGUGGGAUAUGCAGGACCUUAAGACUGUCAACAAAAAUCCACAUGGAAAAACCUACAGAAUGUUUUAAAGUAAAGGCACUUUAUCCUGGAUAUAACUAUCUGCAAAAUACUCUCAGCAUUUAUUGAUGAAAUUGACACAUUUGAUGAUAAAUGUUGACAAUGUGAAUAUUAAAAGCAGAACACUAGCUAUGUGCACAUGUAUACAUUUUUGAAAAAUAUUAACAAAGAUGUAUACAUCUGCAUGUGUAUACUGUACAGUACUGACACUAUCCUGGGAGGACUUAAACACAGUAUAUACAGUGGAGCAAGAUGUAGUAACUAUUAGCAAAAUGUCUUGUAGGUAGGUGCUUUAUAUGUGUUUCAUGAGAGAGAACAAUGUGGGUAAAAGUUUUGGUACAGUAUAAUUAGUUGUUUAUUGCAGUUAUUUCUCUUCAGUACAUUUCUAAGGGUGAUUUUUAUUGCAAAAUUGAAACACCUGUAUUGCAGUGGUAAUUUAUUUUAGUUCAAAUGACUUAAGACACCAAAGUAACAAUGAUAUGAUCCAUAUUAUCUUGCAGUAUCUCCAAAUUCUUAUAAAACCCGACAUGUCCAGAGUUCAACUGAUGUGAGAAAGAGAAAAAGAAAGAAAGGGGCGAUAGAAAAAGUCACUCCUAUGAUCAACUUUCCUUCACUUGUAGUCUAUUCUGUUCACACCCAUCUGGGACCAAUCAGACUGGCUCACCUGAAGUUACCUCCAUUUGUUUUCCUAUCUCCCUGUUUUUAGCUUUAGCUCUGUCUCCCCUAUCAGCUUCUCUUCAGCGAACCCUCUCUAGGGCCUUCCAACUCCUCUCCUCCCCAUUCUCCUGCUCUCCUUUCCUCAGUCCCUUCCCUCCCUCGUCACAGUGUUGUCAACCUCUUCUCUCUCCUCCCCACUGUUUCCACAGGCAGCACGGCCCUUUACACCUGCCCCAUAUCUUCCUUUCAUGUUUUUCAUUCUCGGCCUGCUCCCUCCUUGCCAGCUCCUUUGGCAGUCCUCCAUUUUAAGUCCUAACUCUUCCCACUUAAAGUGGCACUAAUGAUUUUCUAUUUUUGUCAAAUGCCGUCAGUCCGUAAUUAAAAAAGAAUGUAAAUCUGUAAACUAGAACUUCUGCACUUGGACAGAAGAGGCAGAACCGCAGCAGCAGUAGAGUUCACUCAUCUGGAAUGCAAGUGACACUUAGUGACCUUUUGCAAACUUGCAGAUAUCUGAUUUUGUAAAUUGCUCAUGCUGGGAGCCAUGCUGUGCUGUAGUGGUGAUGUGGAGCAUGCAGUGUGACAGUCGCUCUGUUUGCAGGGGUGGAGUCCAGGACAAACCAUCAUGAUGACAAUUACCUUCAAGAUAUUGGACAUUUUUCCAUUGAUUCUCCUCUCCCAGACAUUUGUCUAUGCACAGUUGCAUUUUCAAAAUAAAGACGCAGCACUAAAAUAUACAAUUACAAUGUACGUUAAGUGUCGACGUUAGAAUAAAAUCUUGUACAAAAGGCAGUUUUGAGUAAGUUAGUCCUUAUUAUGAAAUGCUCCUGCCAUAGAUCUACUGGUGCCUGAUACACUUUAAUUAUAUAUUUUUUAACAGUGCUCAAAUAGGCAUUUUCAAAUUGUCAGUGUUUGUUCUUGGCUCUACUCCUUGCACAGAUUAAGCUGAUGUUUCACAGUGAGUUUGCAAAUGAUAAUAGUUUAAAAGAAAUAGUUUCUCAUUCAAAGUUAAGUUGUAGUUUAAAGUUAGACGACAUAACAUUUGCUGAACACAGACCACUGUGGCCACAAAUGAAAAGUACAUCAUAUUGGUAAAUGCUGAAUUAGCUAACUGGUUGUGUAACGUUUUUCAUACAGCUAAAUGGUUGCUAGCAUUAGCUAACAUUAGGUACCAUAAGCUACUGGUCAUACCAGACCAAGUAAGGCUGUAGCAAUUCCUGAGUGUGUAUACAAGUGAGUAAUGGUGUAUUUCAGUACUUUUGAAUUCAGCUUUUCUAUCUUAAGAGAAAAACUUUGUUAUUUCCUUUUUCAAAAGUUAUAUAGUCAUGCAAUAAGUUGUAUGUGUCUGUGACUGUUAAAAUCAAACAUUAGGACAAAGAAAAUAAGAAUAUGAAUGUAGGGCGUCAGGGGAAAAAAACGCCAUAAUGGCCUAUUCAUUGUCUUUACCCAAUUCAUUUGAAACAGAAUUCAUAAUGCCGGAUGUUGUGUAGUCAUUUGUUUUUUAUAGGUUGAAUUGAAUUAAAUUAUAGCUGGACAAAUUUAGCUUUUCAGUCGACACCUAUACAGGCGAGUCUUUCUGCUCCGCGGCGUGCUUUCUGCCAUUGUAUGCUGAGCGUCCAGCGUGUGCUAUGUGUGUCCAUGAAGGCGUGAAACUGUUGCUCAUCAGGGAAAGGAAGAACUGAUCCAAUAGAAAGCAAUUGGUCUUGAACGAAGCAUUUGAUUUUCCUGCUGUGGAAAAUCCAAUGCUAUCUAGAUGGCAACAAAGCGAGGGGAAAGCUUUUAGCUCAAUACGCGGCUCGGCUUGUGACACAAAAGCAACUCAUUGUCCUAUCUGCCUCCCUGUCCUCGGCUCCUGCCAUUUGCUGCUCUAUCAGCUCAAAAACCGAUAUUUAUUAACUGGAACUUGAAUUAGCCAUCGUGUAUUAUGAAUUCAUUUAAUUUUCCAAGUGCUGAAAUUCUAUUUCAACUGCCACAGUAUACUGUUACUUCCCCCUUUUCAUCUCUGCCCAAUGCCUUUUAGAAACUCUCAACCAUAUCAGCUCAGCGACCCACCAUUUUCACUCUUCACCAGUUCCUCUUAAUUUACUCUCUAAUUAUUUCCAAACACAAGUCAGCUCGAACAUGUGAUGAAAAUGUGAACUGCACAUAAUCUGUCAGGAUUGGACAUGGAAAGGAACUGCCUUGGGGAAGAUUUGGUCUCUCCUCCAUCCCCCACCCUCUAUCCUCCUAUUUCUCUAUCUCUUUCUCUUUUCUCUUGGCUGCCUCUGUCGACUUGAUGAGUGUUUCCAGUGUUAACACAGAUUGAAUUUAUUAUUAAACAGACGGGGCCUACUGUUUCCCAUCUCUCUAGUGUGAGUCAAAGCGCUGAAUCCAAGCCCCACCUGGCCGUUUUAUUAUUGUUAUUAUUAUUGUUAUUAUUAUUAUUAUUAUUAUAUUAUUGCUGUUGCCAAAAUUCUUAUUUUUGGCUGAAUGUGGCUGUACUGUAGCUUAUGCUGUGAUUUAACCAGUGUUUUAUAAGCUGAAUUUUGGGGGUGGUAGGGGUACUCUUAAUGACAUAGAGAUUAAUCUGCCAUUUGUCGUGACAUUAUUGGCAUUUACAGGUUUACCAGAUGUUUCUUGUAUAUGCUGUAUGUAUACAUUUAUAGAAACAUACCUCCAGCUGAGAGCUGAAAUGAUCUCCGCUGUAUUUUGGCUCCAUCUAAAACCCCCCUGAGCUUUCACCUUGUCAGCUUGGUGACUCAUCUUUCCAGCUGCCACUGCUUUGAUUUUGGAGAAGGGUGAUGUCAGGCAACAGUCCCACAAGCAGAAUGCUUUGUUUGAUCCGUCGCGUUUCCCCCAGGCUGCCCCGACAAGUUGCUUUGGGGGAGCUAUAAUGACAGUACAUGGUCUCUCAAUCAGUGUAGUUACAUGAGUAAUGACAGUUUAAGCAAGUGUGACAGUGUAAGUGCAGAAUCCCUCCUCCUCCUUCCCUGAUGGGAGGGGGGCAAGGGAUUUCAGCAGGCGUUCAGGGCCGAACAGAGCUCCCAGGCCCAUGCAGGGAUUGUGGGGGCAUUUUAAUGAAUAUGUUUCAGCUCAUUUAAACUGUCUAGGAUAAUUACGGAGUCCCUACCUCGACAUCAAUUCAGUGAUAAAGCUUCAUGUAAAAAAAAAAAAAAAAAAAACAACAAAAAAAAAAAACGAAAACAUAAAUGGCAGUAUUUAGGGUUGGGGGAGUGCAGGGAUAGAGUAUUGUACAAUGAUGUUCAAAAUGUAGUCGUGAUGAACACAAGUGCUUUUUAUCUUCAGAAAUCCUUAAUGUGUGUAGCAAACUUACAUGCUGUAUGUUUUCUCCAGUGUGGGAUUAUAAUUUACAGUAAGAUGCAACAGUCACUGACUAUUUGUAUAUUUAUUUAUUUACAUGUUUUGGGUGUUCAUUCAUGAAAGUGAUGUCAAAAGCUUAUAACCCUCAGAAUUACUACAGUAUUUAGUUUACAGUUUGUACAAAAAAAAAAAAAAUGUGCCCUUCUUGUAAAAUAAACAUGUAUGUAUUUUUUUUUUUUCA